GGUAGUAAUUGCAUCUUGCCGUUCAGUAGAACACUAUUUUCUAAACGAAAAGAAACUCAAAUUUUUCGAAAUGAAAUUCAUCGUUUUGGUUGUGUUGGCAUUUAUUGCCUGUGCUAUGGCAAAACCCCUUGAUCUUGACCUUGGCGGACAUGCCCAAGCAGCUGCAGGAUUUGCGGUGGGUGUUGUAGCGGUUCCUGUUGGAGGUCUUGGAGGUGGCGCUGCAGGCCUAGUUACUGGUGGACCUAAAGGCGCUUUGGCUGCCGGUGCCCAAGGUGCUCAUGGCGGAACCAAUCUUGCACAAAAAGUUGGAGGCCAAGAACCAGGAUACCAUGGCGAUCGUGGCCACUCUUCGGGAGGAGGCCUUUUCGGCUUAUUUUAAUAGUAAUGUGAUUAAAAUGAAAUCACUGCAUAAUAAAUCGUUCUAAUAUUGAAUUGAA